GGGAGAGGAUGCUGGCGGCGCGGCGCGCGGACGGCGCGGCCGCUAGCGGCGAGGGCGAGGGCGUGACCCUGCAGCGCAGCAUCACGCUGCUCAACGGCGUGGCCAUCAUCGUGGGCACCAUCAUCGGCUCGGGCAUCUUCGUGACGCCCACGGGCGUGCUCAAGGAGGCGGGCUCGCCGGGGCUGGCGCUGGUGGUGUGGGCCGCGUGCGGCGUGCUGUCCAUCGUGGGCGCGCUGUGCUACGCCGAGCUGGGCACCACCAUCUCCAAGUCGGGUGGCGACUACGCCUACAUGCUGGAGGUGUACGGCUCGCUGCCCGCCUUCCUCAAGCUCUGGAUCGAGCUGCUCAUCAUCCGGCCGUCCUCGCAGUACAUCGUGGCGCUCGUCUUCGCCACCUACCUGCUCAAGCCGCUCUUCCCCACCUGCCCGGUGCCCGAGGACGCCGCCAAGCUCGUGGCCUGCCUCUGCGUGCUGCUGCUCACGGCCGUGAACUGCUACAGCGUGAAGGCCGCCACCCGGGUCCAGGACGCCUUCGCCGCCGCCAAGCUCCUGGCGCUGGCCUUGAUCAUCCUGCUGGGCUUCGUGCAGAUCGGGAAGGGGGAAGCGUCCAAUCUGGACCCCAAGUUCUCAUUUGAAGGCACCAACCUGGACGUGGGGAACAUCGUGUUGGCGUUAUACAGUGGCCUCUUUGCCUACGGAGGGUGGAACUACUUGAAUUUUGUCACAGAGGAGAUGAUCAACCCCUACAGGAACCUUCCUCUGGCCAUCAUCAUCUCCCUGCCCAUCGUGACGCUGGUGUACGUGCUGACGAACCUGGCCUACUUCACCACGCUGUCCACCGAGCAGAUGCUGACGUCGGAGGCCGUGGCCGUGGACUUCGGGAACUACCACCUGGGGGUCAUGUCCUGGAUCAUCCCCGUCUUCGUGGGCUUGUCCUGCUUCGGCUCAGUCAACGGGUCUCUGUUCACGUCCUCCAGGCUGUUCUUCGUGGGGUCCAGGGAGGGCCACCUGCCCUCCGUCCUGUCCAUGAUCCACCCGCACCUCCUGACGCCCGUGCCGUCCCUCGUGUUCACGUGCGUCAUGACGCUGCUCUACGCCUUCUCCAAAGACAUCUUCUCCGUCAUCAACUUCUUCAGCUUCUUCAACUGGCUGUGCGUGGCCCUGGCCAUCAUCGGCAUGAUGUGGCUGCGCUACCGGAAGCCAGAGCUGGAGCGGCCCAUCAAGGUGAACCUGGCCCUGCCCGUGUUCUUCACCCUGGCCUGCCUGUUCCUGAUUGCCGUCUCCUUCUGGAAGACCCCCGUGGAGUGUGGCAUCGGCUUCAUCAUCAUCCUCAGCGGGCUGCCCGUCUACUUCAUCGGGGUCUGGUGGAAAAACAAGCCCAAGUGGCUCCUGCAGGGCAUCUUUUCCGUGACUGUCCUUUGCCAGAAGCUCAUGCAGGUCGUCCCGCAGGAGACAUAAGCAGAGCCGAGAAGCUGCCGGAAAGAAAAUGCACAGAGAUUAUUUCACAGCAACUCACCCCUCAGAAAGCAACUCCAGUUCCCCGUCGUCCGCACGGCUCAGCCGGGCGCCGUGGCCCCUCGCUGUCCCCCCGCAGGCGGGCAGCCAAGUGAGAACUGGUACGAAUCUGGUCCCGGACUGCGCUCUCCUCGCUGCCUCCCGGAACGAGCGUGAGCUGUGAACUACGCAGCGGCCAGUGUCCCCCGACGACGGGCCGUCGUGCUGGGCCCCUCUCCCUUCCCGCCUUGGUUUAUUUGUAUUUUUUUUAACUUAAAUUUUGGGCCAAUGCCACCAAGAUGAUUAUUUUUUCAAGAAAUAGGGCUGGUGCAGUGGGAGGAGACGGCCUUCCCCUGACAGCGCCCGCAGCGCGACGUGCCUGGGAGCGACCGGGUCGCCCGAGCAGACAGAACUACUGAGACCCGGCCCUGCCGUCCUGCCCUCGGCCCUGCACUGAUGCAGACGGCUGGCCCCGGGCGUGUGCUUGGCUUUCUUGUCUUUAUUGUUGUAAAUGUAGCGACGUUUGUGACAACUAACCCUGUGGGCUUACGUCUCUUUGCCUUAAAGACCUGCGGUAGGUCCCUCCCCGCCAGCCCCAGCAGAGAAAGGAGUUUGGCGACACGGCCGCCAUGCCCAUCCUGGCGUCGACCGCAGCGCACGCUGCCGGCCGGGAGGUGCUCAGACAGGCCCGGGUCCCACCCAAGACACCAUCCUGAACAAAGGCCCAGACCACAGUGGCUUCUCCAUAGGGACAUGCUCACCCGCUCCCGCGGAUGGGUGCAGGACCCCCUUCCAGGCCGCGUCUGUCGGGUGUGGUGGAAUCGCUGCGGGUCGCCCUGCAGGGCUGGACCCUGCUCCCGGGGUCCCUUUCACGCUGGGGCCGGGACACCGGAGGUCACAUGCCAACAUGCGGCUCUCCCGGCGGCUGGGCUGGGACCUCCGCUCUUGCCAGGCUGGCGGGAGGCUCAGUCUGUGAUCCUCGGUGCUGGGUCCCCCAACCCGGCCUGGAGGCCCCGCUUCAGAAGGCAGGGACCACUCGGGGCUGUGUCCUGUCACGCUGAGUCAGGCCUGCUUGCGGGGCGUCCCCGAGACCCUGCCUGCCCGUCACCAGCCCUCAGGGAGCCCCUGGGGAGGGCAGGUGGGACCUGUACGGAGCCUGUCCUAGAAGAGUUUGCUCCUCCUCGCACGCUUUCGUGGCACAGUCCCGGGUCCUGUUUGUGGGUUUUCGUUUUCUCUAAAGCACAUCCUGGCGUAACGAGCAUCGCAUCGAGUCAUUUUGCUUUUGUGUUGUCUAACGUUUUACUAAUUUAAGAGGAUGCUGUUGGCGCUGUGUUUAUUUAUUCCCAGUGGUCAGUGUUCAGCCUCGCUGCUGUUGUGGCACAGGCUGCCCGUGUCCCCUCCGCUCCCAGCCACGCCGGGCCCAUCCACUGUGACGCCGGCCGACCAGGCUGGGACACCUUCCGCCGAGGAAAUGACGAAAUGACGUGUGUGGCUGGGGCAUCUUUUUUUACUCUUGCGUUAAUGGCUAACCUGUUACACUAGGCUGGUUCAGGUGGGAAGUUUGGGGGUUUUUUUGUGGGUUUGUUUUGUUUUUGGUGGA